AUGUACUUUCCUACCACCGCCGCCAGACAGCUUGCAAAUAACCCUACUCUACCCAAUAUCCCAACCGAGCAAACUGUAGCACUGGCCCCAAGCCCACGCAAGUCACUUUUCUGCACUCUAACUCGAAUAGCAAUCAAUGUGUGGUCUGUCAGGCCGUCUGCUCUCUUGUCUGUAUUAACACGCACACCAAUCUCCAUUCUGAACCACGGGGAUAAUCUUGACGUAUGGUGGUCCCCUGAUGGAAAUAGAAUUAUAGUCAAGACUUCAGAUUCUUUCCUGGUUUUAAUAUCCGUAGACUUUAACAACGACGCAGCAUAUGCCUCCUCACCUCUGCCAUCUAAUGCUCAACGCAACUUUCUUGCUGGUCCUGGGGAAGCACUUCCUUUUCCAUCAAUCAGCCUCCACUUCGAAGGUGUUGUCAGAGUAGAAGGGGGGUUACAAAGUGUAUCUCCUCGAAAACAGCACAUGUCGUUCUCAACUCGGGACCCCCCAACAAUUCAAAGCAUGCCAUGGCCGACAGUCGAACUCGACGAAGAUGACGACGCUUCUAUCGAACAAAAUAUUCCGCUGGAUUAUAAUACAUGGCUACUCAAUGAUCUAGAUUUUUCUUGGCUGGUGGAGCCUGACGUUUAUGUGACUGAAAUUAUACACGCAAAGGUUAUGGAUGGAGAGCUGUGGAUAACAUCUGAUGGUCGAGCAUACUUUGUCGGUCUGCAUGAAGUGGAUGGGGUAGCGGAGGAUUCGCCUGACGACCACGAGAACGAUACAGAAGAGCGACAGGCGAAUAUACAGCAACACUGGCAUGGCACCUGUAUCCACAAUUUCAAGACCCCGAAAUGGGUCCAGAAACGGCGUAAAGUGGAGCCUGAGGAUGAUGAACCUGCAUUGAAAUAUGAAGAACCGAGGCGGGCAACGAAGAUGGCUGUCAACACUAAGUUUUCUUUAAUAGCAAUCGGAACCGAGGGCGGAGAGAUUCAAUUCACCAAUUUCCCCUCUGAAGAGGGUAUUUCUCCUAAAUCUCAGCAAAUAGACGUUCCUAAUCCUUUCAACCGAAAGACUGGAUCGGUAACUGCUCUAGAAUGGACAUCUGAUGGGUAUGUCCUCGCUGUUGGUUGGGAACAUGGCUGGGGUAUCUUUAGCGUGGGGGGCAAAUGUCUCGCCUCUGCGAUCGAAGUUAAUGACGCUGUGAAUGAAGAAAAGUUCCAAGAUAUAUUUAUGUAUGGAGUCAGGAGUCUGUUUUGGGGGCCGGCAAAUUUUGACCUUUUUGUGUUGGCAAAAUCUGUUCCUCAAAGAAACGAUGGCCAGAUAUUUGUCAUCCCUUUUGCCAAAAGUGCAACCACGGGUCAGCAUUCACCAGAUAAUACACGUUAUGCUUUCUUGCAGAUGGAUGAUCGUGCGUUGGUGUAUAGAGGCGCUGAUCAACCUGACCUAAGUGUCAUCAAUCCUGAGUCUGACGUCUGGCAACAUAUUAAGAUUCCCCAAAGAUACCUGGCAUUAAAUUGGCCCAUCCGAUACUCCUCAUUAAGCAAUGACGGAAGGCUGAUCGCUGUCGCUGGUCGGCGUGGGCUGAUCCAUUAUAGUUCCACGUCAGGCCGUUGGAAGAUAUUUGCUGUUGAAGAUCAGGAACAAAAUUUCUCUGUAAGAGGUGGCCUACUGUGGUUUCACCAUGUGUUGGUGGCAGCCGUAGAGGUCUCGAAAUCUUUUCAGAUAAGGCUCUAUUCCCGCGAUAUGGAAUUGACCAGCCAAAACAUCCUACACCGGGAAAUACUUCCGGCACCUGUCGUGAUACUGUCUAUUGUCGACAACUCUCUUCUUGCGUAUACGGCAGAUAAUACUCUUUAUCACUAUCUCAUUGUCCCAACUGCAGAAUCCAUAAAGCUCCAUCUUUGCGGCAGUAUAACAUUUACCGGCAUCGUCUCUGCACCAGGUGCAGUCAGGAUGUUGAGCUGGAUGAUACCUAGUAUCCAAAAGCAAAUUGGAGAUCCUAUUAACGACCUAUCAGUUGCCACUGUACUGAUGGUAGUUGGAGGACAGCUGAUCCUUUUGCGCCCCAGGAAGUCCGCUAGCGAUGAGGUCAAAUAUGACAUCCAGGUAUUGGCUGAACGAAUAGAAUUCUGCUGGAUACAUCUUCGUGGUGUUGGCGCGUUGGAGAAUUCACUAUGGGCGUACGAUGCUCAGGGAAUGCGUGUUUGGUUAAACGCUCUAUCUAUAGAAUCCCCACCAGUUGACGAUCCGGACGUAAAAGAUGUAAAAGAAAGCGUUAAAAUCCCUCUCGACUUCUAUCCUCUUUCCGUUCUUAUGGAUAAAGGCAUUAUAAUUGGCAUUGAGCAUGAAGCUGCUGUUCGAACCAACCUUCCAUUCGCGUUGUUCAGACAUGCAACCAGCUCAUAUUUGUUCCUGCAGCACAUUCUUCUUUACCAUCUAGAGAAUAAGCAAAUUUCCGAAGCAGUCACGUUUGCUUCCCAUUACAAGAAUCUGGUCUUCUUCGCCCAUGCGCUGGAAAUACUCCUACAUACAGUAGUGGAAUCCGAUUUAGCCGGAGCGAGCAGCGGUAACCAGAACACCGAGGAAACUCCUAACGAACUAUUACCCACUGUUAUCGAGUUUCUGGACCAUUUUGACGUAGCCCUUGACGUGGUUGUUGGCUGUGCAAGAAAAACGGAGCCGACACGUUGGAGACAACUGUUCAAUGUCGUCGGUAAUCCCAAAGGCCUAUUCGAGACAUGCCUCGCUACUAAUCGUCUCAAAACUGCAGGUUCCUAUUUGCUCGUUUUGCAUAAUCUUGAACAGCUAGAUGAAAACAGUAAUGAGGCAAUUCGACUCCUUAUGAGUGCUGUGAAGGGGAAAGAUUGGCAAUUAUGUCGAGAAUUGUUGCGGUUCUUACGCUCCAUUGAUGAUACUGGUCAGGCACUUAGGAAUGCCUUGAAGCACGUUGACAUUGGCGGAAUGAACGUAUCUGUAAUAUAA